GUGGAAACCGCCAGAGCGCUCGAAAACCGCUCAUAUCGUGCUUUGAAAACGAAAGACUUCAACUGGCAACAAUCAAGCGACGAACCCGGAUUGAGCCGGUUCCGGCGUGGUCCGAUUGCAGAUCUGGAGCUGGCCCGAGCCCCAAAGCCGAUGGUGUCGAACCAGUGUGACGAGUGAACAAGUGAACAAGAGUGCUCGAGAGAGAGAGAGAGAGAGAGAGAAAAAAAAAAUCCUAAAAACAGAUAGCCCCCAAAAAAACAGGAGGCUCACCAAACCCACGAGAACGAAAGUUUGAGGGCGCGUAAUCGCAAAAGAGAAACUCUCCUCACCCAACUCGGGCUCAACGGGGGAAACACGGUUCGCUUUCCCUGAGAACCCGUCAACUCCCAUUUUUCCCGACAGCGCAAUCAACUAAGGAGCUGCACCUGACCGCGUGCAACAUGUUCAGGUUACUGGCAAUAGCUGCGGCUAUUGCAGUCGCCGGUAUCGAUGGUCAGUUUUUGGCCUUCGACCAACAUGCAACGGAGUGUGCCUUGUACGUGAACGGACCUGGAAAGUCGUCCGCCUUCGACUACAAUCUGAACCUGUUCCGCGGUACCAUCGCUCCUCUGCACGCCGAACCGACCACCUGUAUUACGUACGAUGCCAUUAACCAGGCGUACCUGGAUGCCCGGAAGCGGAUCCGAGUGUCGCAGCCGAAAGGCGACUGGAAGACGGAGGACAUCGCAACAGUCGGUGAGCUGCUGCUGGACAUCUCGAUCCAGCUAGCUCGCACGUACGGUCUGUCGUAUGAGGAGAUUGAGAAGGGUCUUCCCUCGAUUGACACCUCGAAGACGCUCAUCCGGGAGGUGUGUCCAGCGUUCCUGUCCGGUGUUGAGUGUCGUCCAGGCAAGUACCGACGUGUGGACGGUCUCUGCAACAACCUGAAGCACCCAACCUGGGGUGCGGCGAUGACUCCUUUCCAGCGACUAAUCGGACCACUGUACUCGGACGGUAUCAACGCCCCUCGCAUCUCGAUCACUGGCCACGACCUGCCACUGUCCCGUGUUGUCUCACGUACGAUCCACCCUGACGAGGGUUACCAUGACCACGCCGGUACGGUGUUCGUCAUCGCCUGGGGUCAGUUCAUGGACCACGACUUCACGCUAACCGCAACACCGCUCGAUCCGAUCAACCGCAACGACCCUGAAGAAUGCUGCAAGAGACCUCCCCACCUGAAGCACCCGUACUGUAACGAAAUCCGCGUCCCAGACGACGACUACUUCUACCGCCUGUUCAACGUCAAGUGCAUCGACUUCGUGCGUGGCUUCCCAUCUCCACGAGCCGGUUGCCGAUUGGGAUCACGCCAGCAGUUCAACACGCUAACCUCCGUCAUCGAUGGCAACACGAUCUACGGUGUAAACGAGAAGUUCACGCGCAAGCUCCGUACCGGCUAUAACGGGCUGUUGCGCAUGAACCCGGUGUUCGCUGAGUACGGAUUGAAGGAUCUGCUUCCGUUGAAGCUGGACGUCCCGGAUGAGGGUUGCACGCGCCCGAACAAGAGCAUGUUCUGCUUCGAAGCUGGUGAGAUCCGUGUCAACGAACAGCUGGUGUUGACCUGCAUGCACACGCUGUUGGCACGCGAACAUAAUCGCAUCGCAACCGAGCUUGGCAAGAUCAACCCGCACUGGGACGAUGAGACACUGUUCCAGGAGUCACGUCGCAUCAACAUCGCAAUCAUCCAGCACAUCACGUACAACGAGUUCCUACCAAUCCUGCUCGGCAAGGAGGUGAUGGAGAAGUUCGGCCUGCUCACGCAGAAGGAGGGCUACUGGGAUGGUUACGAUGAGAACGUCAACCCGGCCAUUAUCGACUCGUUCGCGUCGGCUGCGUUCCGAUUUGGGCACUCCCUGUUGCCAACUGCUGUUGAGCGCUGGUCGAAGGCACACAAGUUCAUCGCCUCCAAGCGACUGUCAGACCUGAUCCGACGUCCGUACGACCUGUACCGUGCCGGUGUGUACGAUGAGUACCUGAUGGGGCUGAUGAACCAGGUUGCGCAGGCCAUGGACGACUCGAUCACGCAGGAGGUCACCAAUCACCUGUUCAAGAAGGAGGGUGCCCGCUUCGGUAUGGAUCUGGUGUCGUUCAACAUGCAACGUGGCCGCGAAUUCGGUGUACCCGGCUACAUGGAGUUCCGCAAGUUCUGCGGUCUGCCUGCGUCGGAUAACUUCGAGGAGCUGUUUGGUUCCAUGCCCAACGAAACCGUGCGACGCUACGAGAGCAUCUUUGAUCACCCAGCUGACGUGGAUCUGUGGUCUGGUGGAGUGUCCGAGCGGUCACUACCGGGUUCAAUGCUGGGACCGACCUUUGCGUGUAUCAUCGCCACGCAGUUCAGCUACGUCCGGCGUGGAGACCGCUUCUGGUAUGAGCUGCCAAACCAGCCAUCCUCAUUCACGCCCGAACAGCUUCAGGAGAUCCGUAAGGCGAAGCUCGCCCGACUGAUCUGCGACAACACCGACCUGAUCGACACCGUGCAGAUCUACCCGAUGGUGCUGCCCGAUCACGAAAUCAACCCACGAGUGCCAUGCAAGAGCGGAAUUCUUCCAUCAAUCGAUCUGUCGAAAUGGGCCGACUAUGGUCACGAAACUCAUUCUCCCCAUCAAUACCAAUUCCUGAACGACAUCCCGGAGACGAUCGGAUUCAAAUAAAUGCGCGUAACGGACGCUAACCAGAGACGUUCGCCGCUCUGUACGCUGAGAUUCUAGAAUUAACCCAACCCUUUCCGGCUUUCCUGGCCGAACGAACCCCAACGUACCCCCCGCUCACCUAGCAUUUAGCCAUCUACUCUUCUUGUCCCCGCUGUCUCAUUGUAUUAUACACAUUUCAAGAUUGUUUCGAAUCGCGUCCUUUCUCCUCAACAUUGUUACUUGCGAGCACUCGAUCGAUGCUCCUGAACGCAUUUAGCCGAGGUACUCCUCGGCACAGACACCACUAGACAAUAGUGGACCUUGGGAAGGACGAUCUCCGGGAACGGAAAAACCCUGUGUGUCCUGCUGCGAUGUGCCUGAUGACGCCCUCUGGAGUAUCACCAAUGCCAGGGAAAUGUAUCCGAACCGGACAUCUGCUCUUCAUUUGACACCAACGUCAUCGCCAUCGAAUGCACAUUCCACUAGUGUUGAUAAUCCACCUAAGCUCGGACGUAACAGACCUUGCAACUCAUCCACAGGGUUACACGGGCCACGGUUAGAGGUUUCCAUAGGCCGCAGCCGAAUACGCAGCACGUCCUGCUCGCCACGAAUGUUUUUCACCUUAAGACAAUUUAUAUAUAAAUACAUUUAUUCUGUUUCCCUUUUUUUUAUUAUUUUUAUUAUAUUGUUUAGAACGGCCCUUGUUUUGUGUAAUAUUUAUGUAAAUAAUAAAUUGUUCGAUCAA